AAGUUGAGAGCGCGCCUAUCUGCCCCAGGAAAGUUUCCCCCGCGGCCGCCGGCGGGAGUUGGCGCGGGGUCCGGCCGCUGCAGCUGGAAGAGUGUCUUCUGAAGCCACCAUCAGAGAGAGACCUCAAGAGAAUCCUGCCACCCCUGAAAGAAAAGACCAGUUGAAAGAGGUGGGCAUCUCCUGGACAGCACGGAGCUUGCAGUGGCAAGAGCUUCUGGCACUGUCGUCAAAGCGACGUGAACCCUUUGAAUUUGGCUUCUAGAAACGUGGACACAACCCUUUUCCAGACGCCAGCCACUGAGGACAAGCCGGGCCAAUAACAGAAUUAUACAGCAGCCCCUCUGACCAGGAGACUGUCCUGCUGACGCCGAAAGCACUGCCCAGGUGGAGCCAUGGAAGGUGACUGUCUGAGCUGCAUGAAGUACCUGAUGUUUGUUUUCAAUUUCUUCAUAUUUCUGGGUGGGGCCUGUCUGCUGGGCAUCGGCAUCUGGGUCAUGGUGGACCCCACUGGCUUCCGAGAGAUCGUGGCUGCCAACCCCUUGCUCAUCACGGGCGUCUACAUCCUCCUGGCCAUGGGGGGCCUGCUUUUCCUGCUCGGCUUCCUGGGCUGCUGCGGGGCCAUCCGGGAGAACAAGUGUCUGCUGCUGUUUUUCUUCUUGUUCAUCCUGAUCAUCUUCCUGGCGGAGCUCUCGGCGGCCAUCCUGGCCUUUAUCUUCAGGGAAAAUCUCACCCGGGAAUUCUUCACCAAGGAGCUCACCAAGCAUUAUCAGGGCAACAACGACACAGACGUCUUCUCUGCCACCUGGAACUCGGUCAUGAUCACAUUUGGUUGCUGCGGGGUCAACGGGCCUGAAGACUUCAAGUUGGCAUCCAUUUUCCGACUCCUGACUUUGGACAGCGACGAGGUACCCGAGGCCUGCUGCCGGAGAGAACCGCAGACCCGGGACGGGGUCCUGCUGAGCAGGGAGGACUGCCUCCUGGGAAGGGACUUGUUCCUGAACAAGCAGGGCUGUUACACAGUGAUCCUCAACGCCUUCGAAACCUAUGUCUACCUGGCCGGAGCCCUCGCCAUAGGGGUGCUGGCCAUCGAGCUUUUCGCCAUGAUCUUCGCCAUGUGCCUCUUCCGGGGCAUCCAGUAGAGGGCGUGGCCUGAAGCCUGAGGAGUCACCCUGCCCACCACUGCCCAGUACCCAAUGCCCUCCUCCCCCCGGCACCUCUGCUCCUGGGUCCAGGGGUAGGAGGUGAGGCCAUCAUGAGUGGCCAGGAGAAGGGCCAGGGGAAAAUAGCUAUUUUUUUAACAAAACAAAAUGACGAAAAUAUGGACUGAUGUGCCCCGCCUGGAUUCCGGGGUGGGGCCGUGGGCUCUGCACCCAGGCUGCCGUCUGCACUAGAGACCAAAGGAACACCCGUGCCCGGCCCCCUCCUCGGCCCACCGGACUCCCGCAGCCCUGGGCCUGGGCCCUCUCCUCACAGCCUCCGGGACCUGGUGCCAAGAAAGUGAGGAUUUAGGCAACAAGGAGGCAGAAGCAAAUCUGGGGGAGAGGUGGGCAGAGCCCAGGGGCCCACGGACACUGGGUCACCACGUCCUUGAGAACUUGGCACCUCCUCGCAGCCCCUCGUCCGGUCGAUGGAGUUGUCCCUGCUCCUGCUCCGGCCAACAGUGGGCUGCGGACACUGGACCCGAGAAUGGCCCAGCUGGCGGGGUCCGCGCUCUCCCCAGCUGUUGGACCGAAUGUCUGGGAGGCCCGGAGUAUCACCCACAGUCACACCGCACAGGCAUGACAUUCUGAACAAGAACUGGGUGGUUGGGGCUGUCGGUCCAGCAGAGCUGCUCACGCCCUCCCGGGCCUCGGCAUCAUGGUUUCCCCAGAAGAGACAGGGCAGCUGGCCAGGAACUGCCUCUUCCCAGUUCCACUGCUAAGAUGAUUCUAGACUCUCCCUGCCUCCCUCCCCACCCCCGCCGUUUGCCUUCCCAACUCCCCACCUUCUAAGCCCCCAGGAACACACACACACACACACAC